AUUCUUUCCUUUCCUACUUGUACUUUGAUUACUCUUGUAUUCCCUAUAUAUAUGGUCAUAUCUCUCAAUAUUCAAUAAGACAAGUUAUUAUCAAAUUGUAUCAAAAUGAAAAUUCUACACUUUUCAUGGCUUAUAUGUGCUAAAUUGGAAAAAAACCUGCAUAUUUGAAAUAUGAUUUUUUGUUCUUCAAUGCUUUAAAACUUGGUCUUAGCCUUCUUUUUGCAGAUUUUUAGGUCCAAGAAAAGCAUGAUAAAGAUUGGGAGUUAUGAAUUGAGGCCGCAUAUACUUUUUUAUUUGCAUUCCCCUUUCCCCUUCUCUCCUCGCUAAGUCUGUGCUUACUCUUAAUAUUGUCAUAUCAUAUGGAUGCAUCGAGGACUAUGUUAGUUCUCUGGGUUAGUUACUAAGGGGGAGAGCUUUUGUUUAUUUUGUUUAUUCUUUGUUGGCCUUAUCCUUGUGACAAAAACAAAUAAAUAGGGAUGUUUGUUUUCGGAUGAAAUGCUGUUGGGUGUAGAGUCCUGCCAUGUCAUGCAUGUGUUUCCCUAUACGAGUUGGAGAAGAUUCCUAUGAAGCAGAAAUUCCUACGAAGCUGAAAUAGAGAUGAAGCCGAAAUAGAGACCCAUGCAGUCUAGGAAUGUCAGUUGCUGAAGAGUCCAAGUGCAGAUACAACUAGGGUUCUCAUAUGUUCCUAUAUAUAGAUACGAUCUCACGUUGGUGAGACCAGGCGAGUAUAGAGAGAAAUACUUCCAGCGAGUUAUUGAGAGAGCCAAAAACCCUAGCUGCAAAAGGAGAUCAGGAGAGAAUCAUGUUCAGUUCUUUCUGAUAUAUGGUGUUGUUGUGAGCACAAGAAGUUGGUGGCCUGGUUGCAGAUCAUAUUGCAGAUCCGUGUUUGGUUUUGAAGAAAACCACAUCCAGCUGGUGAACUAAGUAGGGCUGGAGAAAGGGCUAUUAGCACGUCCAAUAACAGAAGUUAUCAAGGUUGGUGUAAUAUGCCAUUGGGAGAAACACUAACAGAGUUAUGUGUUUAAGUCAUCUGUAGUAGAUUAUUUCAAUCCACUAACUGGUCAAAACUUUACCCCCACUAAAUAUCCACAAUCAUGUCUUCGAGCAACUACAACGCUGUGUCAAGUCAGGCUGCGAGUGAAAGCACUCCUGCCAUCCCAUUGAUGAUGUCGAGCAUGGGGACGACCUUUGCUCCGAUCACCACUGUAGGAUCGAUUGGCAUGAUCCCAAUCAUGUCAACCCCUACUCCUACGCCGACGACAACAAUGUUCCCAGGCUCGAUAACAACCCCUGGUGGAGCAUUCACACCAUACCCGUCAGCUUGGGCUCAAUUUGCUGCUGACCCGGCAAAUGCUCAGGCUCUACAGGGCUAUCAACAGGUGAUGGCCAUGAUGCAACAGGCAGGUGGCUUCAUGCCAUUUGCCUAUCCCGACAUGACGCCACCAAUCAUGCCACCUCCGGUGUCGACCCCGUCGACAUUUGUCCCUAGGAUGGUCCCUAUACAUCCGGUGAAUUUGACGGGGACUUUGAAUGAAGCAACACCCUCAAAUGUCCAUGAAAUCAAUGAGGCGGAGCAGGAGGCGGCCCAGAAGGCGGGGACACUGCCUCCCAGUGGAAGAACUGGGCCAGGAGUUUGCACGUGGCGGUGGUUUCCCUGGAGUCACAUGGGAAGCAGGCAAGGAGGGAACCUAUCACUUUCACUGAUAGGGAUCUGCCCAGGAUGGGGGGAGAUCAUAAUGACCCUCUGGUCAUUACAAUGGAUAUCAAUGGGGCUGAUGUGGCCAGGGUCCUGGUUGACAUAGGAAGCAGUGUCAAUGUUUUAUACUUAGAUGCUUUCAAGAAAUUGAAGCUUGACAGAUCCAUGUUGAGGCCAUUGCAAACUCCAUUUUCAGGCUUCACUGGAGCUAGCAUAGAAGCGGAAGGUCAGAUAACCUUACCGGUUACCUUGGGGUCAGGUAACAGGACAGUGACCAAACAAAUGAGAUUUGUUGUG